AUGGCGUCCCCAGUGGACGCGGGCACCAGAAGACCGACAUCGUUCAAGAGAGAGGCUUCACCAAAAACAGAAGCGAGAGAGCUUGCAUACUUCGACAGCUGGCGAGGAACGACGCCUCCCUCUCGUCUCCCACCCACCAACCCCAGCGAGUGGCGUGCCGCGGGCGUGGAGCUGAGCAAAGACGAGGAGGCGGAGGAGGUGGUGGUGCUGUGUAGCUUGGCUCUGGUCUUUGUGCGCCGGGGAGGAGAAUCCAGCAGUAGGCCAAACGAGUACUUGGGACCCUUCGUGGACAUCCUGCAACCAAGCCUGGGGGUGAGCAAACGUGGGAACCUUCUCAGCUACACCACCAUGGACCUCAUGAGGCUGAACUGCCGCAGCCAAGAGGCCGUGGAGGAGAUCUACCUCAUGUCCAACGUGGUGUUGUCUAAGCUGUUUGCGGAGAUCCGGGAGGACAUUGUGUGUCUCUACAAGCUUGCUGACGCAGUGUCCAUGGUGGACAUGCUGCUGGCAUUUGCUCACCGCACCACGCUCACCAAGUCCGUCCGUCCGGAAUUCUCUGACACGCUGGCCCUCAAAGGGGCUCGCCACCCCAUCCUGGAGCGGGUGCUGGGCUGGCCGCUGGUGCCUAACGACGUCUUCCUGUCGGACGCCUCCAACUUCCUCAUUGUCACGGGGCCCAACAACAGCGGCAAGUCCACGCUGCUGAGACAGGUGGCACUCUGCCAGGUGAUGGCACAGAUCGGUUGCUUCGUGCCAGCCGACUUUGCCUGCGUGAGGAUCGCUGAUCAGAUCUUCACUCGCAUCGGUGUGGACGACGACAUACAGCCACUCUCCUCCACCUUCACCAUCGAGAUGAGAGAGGUGAACUACAUAGUUCGCACAGCCACCGACCGCUCUCUGGUGAUCAUCGACGAGCUCGGGAGGGGCACCGGGGUCCACGAGGCCCUGGGGAUCUGUCACUCGGUCUGUGAGUGUCUCCUGCAGCGCAAGACGUUCACCAUCUUCGCCACCCACCACCUGGAGCUGAGCCACCUCUCUACCCUCUACCCCAACGUCUCCAACAGCCACUUCCUGGUGGAGUCGCGCAAUCAGCAGCAGCAGCAGCAGCUGCCCUGGGCCGGCCGUUGUGACGGUAAAGCCGCUGGUGCCGAUGACUCGCGGACGGUGCCACGUGUGACGUGCACGUACAAGCUGGUGCAGGGGCACACGCCGGACACGCACUACGGUCUGGAGAUGGCCACGCUGUCAUCGCUGCCGCCCUCCCUGCUGCGCGACGCCACGGGGCUGCUGGCUCGGAUCGGCGGCAAGAGCUGGAUGGAGCGUCAGGCCGACUCCGCGCCCGUGCUGCGCCGAGCGGCCGUCCACCGCCUCGCGACGCGGCUGGGCCAGGCGGCGCGACACUCGCGGCUGGACGGAGCCAGCCUGGCCUCGUACCUGGGGUCGCUGAGACAGCGGUACCUCGACGAGCUGGAGCACAUCGCUGACGCCACCGCUAACACCCACUGAACAACACCACCACCAA